UACCAAGACCGGCCCUCUUUGGAGGCUGGCCCUAGGAGGAAGUGGCGCGACUCGGUUCAGUGCCUCCUCCAGGGUCUUGCGGAACGGACGCCGGGCGAGGGCCAGAGCGUGGCGGCCGGAUGUGGGUAGGGGGCGAGGCCCGAGGCAGCAGUGGGCCAGUGGGGGCCCUUGGCGGAAGCAUCCGCAGACCCCAGCUUCCGGGUGUGGACAAUCCCCCGGUGUGCGCGCACACCCACACACCCACACACACCCACACACACACACACACACAGAGGCGAGCUGCCUUCCAUUCUCCCUUCCUGGUGGCUCUUCUUCGACUUUUUUGCCCAGGUUCCUGUCUCUCUGCUGUUCAGUGCUUGCACCUCCUGCUCCUUACUGCUAACCUAUUCGCUUCUUUCAGCAGAAGUUGUGGCUGGGAGUCUGCCUGCACACUCCUGCCUGCCUCCCUGGCCUGGGAAACAGUGUGCCUGCUCACAUUGCCUAGUGCUAACUCAAUCUUUGUACUGAGUAGGCUGUGGCAAGAAGACACACGGAAGAAGCCUGCAGCCUGAUCAGACUUAAGACACUGGUGUCAGACAGAAGAACAUGGCUUCCUACCUGAAAACAACAAAGGAAUUGCUUGUUUUCUUAGGAAAAUCACUUUUUAGUGUUCUGAAGGCUCUGAUUUUUACCUUCAUUCCAAAGCCACGAAAGAAUGUGGCUGGUGAAACUGUCCUCAUAACAGGCUCUGGGAGUGGACUCGGGAGGCUCUUAGCCUUGCAAUUCGCCCGUCUUGGAUCUGUGCUUGUUCUCUGGGAUGUCAAUACAGAGGCAAAUGAGGAGACAUGCCGGAUGGCUCAGGAAGCUGGUGCCAUGAAGGUACGUGCCUACACCUGUGACUGCAGUCAAAAGGAAGAAGUCUAUAAAGUGGCUGAUCAGGUUAAAAAAGAAGUUGGAGAUGUUUCCAUCUUAAUUAACAAUGCUGGAAUUGUAACAGGCAAGAAGUUCCUUGACUGCCCAGAUGAGCUUAUGGAAAAGUCAUUUAAUGUGAAUUUUAAAGCACAUUUAUGGACUUAUAAAGCCUUUCUACCUACUAUGAUUGCUAAUAACCAUGGACAUUUGGUUUGCAUUUCAAGUUCAGCUGGAUUAGUUGGAGUAAAUGGGCUGGCAGAUUAUUGUGCAAGUAAAUUUGCAGCCGUUGGAUUUGCUGAAUCUAUGUUUGUAGAAACAUUUGCCCAAAAACAAAAAGGGAUCAAAACUACAAUUGUGUGUCCGUUUUUUAUAAAAACAGGAAUGUUUGAGGGUUGUACUACUAGUUCCCCUACUCUGUUGCCAAUUCUGGAACCAGAAUAUGUAGUCAGGAAAAUAAUAGAUGCUAUUCUGCAGGAACAGCUGUACCUGUAUAUGCCAAAGUUUUUAUAUCUUGUGAUGUUUUUAAAAAGUGUCCUGCCCGUCAAGACAGGACUGCUUAUAGCUGACUAUGUAGGCGCCUUUAAUGUAAUGGAUGGCUUCACUGGGCAAAAGAAGAAAACCUAAAGACCAACUCUGUGGCUGAUGCCAUGUGAUACCCAGAGCUACAUAAUGAUUAGUUCAAAGAAGAAAAGUAUUUUUGUCUAACAGUGGGAUAUAUUUGGAGAGAAGUAUUAUUUCUACUAUGGUAUCUGGAUUAGAAUUUUCAGUGUCUGAAACUGACAUCAUUUUCUCCUUUUUUGUCGAGUUUUGGGAUUUUGUUGUUGUUUUGUUGUUAGGGUGGUUGUUUCUUUGUUUUAAAAAAUAAAGAUAGCCCAUUUGUGUCAUUUCCAUUUACAACAGAAGUGAGAGAAAGGUAAAUUUCUCUCAUGAGCUGCCCCAACUCUGGCACAGUGGAGGUGAAUCCCGUGGGCCAGGUGUCUGUGUUUGCCUUCAUGGGACACGAGGGCCUGGGAAGAGCAUCAGGAGUGCCCAAAUAAAAUGCCCUGCAGUGUACACAGAA